AGCAUCAGACGGGCCGCUCCGGCCGAGCCAAUCAGAAGCUUCUCCGCGUGGGGGAACAAGCGAGCGAGAUGCUGGGCUGCGCUCCGCGCCCUGGCUGUGAGCGAGACCUGCAGCGCGAGCCUGAGAGCUGUGAGGCGGCACCAACGCAGUGUCUGUAGAGACCUGGGAACAUCCGUGGGAUCUGCCAUGCCUGUGACCUUCCAGUUAUUUAAAGCCAUUGGCAGCCGGGAGACUGGAAAGAUAUGUAGUGCUGGUGUCUUGCGCCAGAAUCAACGCCGGGUUUGUCAGCUGCUUCACCCCCUGAACUCUCCACAUCCAGCUCAGCCCAUUGCCACCACCGGGCCACACGUGAGACGAUGCCAGUCCCGUGGUUACCAAAUGUCUGCGAAGCGAUGGUACAACCUGACACCACCACAGGUGAACAGCAUCCUUAAAGCCAAUGAGUACAGCUAUAAGGUCCCCGAGUUCGACGGGAAGAACGUCAGCUCGGUGUUGGGCUUUGACAGCAACCAGCUGCCGGCCAACGCCCCCAUCGAAGACCGGCGCAGUGCCGCCACCUGCCUGCGGACACGGGGGAUGCUCAUGGGCGUGUUUGACGGGCACGCAGGCUGUGCUUGCGCCCAGGCUCUCAGCGAGCGGCUUUUCUACUACAUCGCCAUCUCGUUAUUGCCGCACGAAACGCUGGUGGAGAUCGAGAACGCCAUGGAUUCUGGCCGCGCCAUGCAUCCCAUCCUGCAGUGGCACAAGCACCCCAAUGACUACUUCAGCAAGGAGGCCUCUAGGCUCUACUUUAACAGCUUAAGGACAUACUGGCAGGAGCUUAUUGACCUCAACAGUCCUGGGGAGACUCCAGAUAUCAAGGAGGCUCUCAUCAAUGCCUUCAAGCGGCUGGACAAUGAUAUUUCCUUGGAGGCCCAAGUGGGAGACCCCAAUGCAUUUCUCAACUACUGGGUUCUGCGUGUGGCCUUCUCAGGAGCCACAGCCUGCGUGGCUCAUGUGGAUGGCAAUGACCUGCACAUCGCUAACACAGGGGAUGGGAGGGCGGUUCUGGGAGUGCAGGAGGAGGAUGGAUCCUUCACAGCACUGACCCUGUCCAAUGAUCACAACGCCCAGAGUGAGAAUGAGGUGCGACGUGUCCGGGCUGAGCACCCUCCAAGUGAGGCCAAGACAGUAGUGAAACAGGACCGGCUUCUGGGCCUGCUCAUGCCUUUCAGGGCGUUCGGUGAUGUCAAAUUCAAGUGGAGUAUCGACCUGCAGAAGUGCGUUCUGGAGUCUGGGCCUGACCAGUUGCAUGAGAACGAGCAUACAAAGUUCAUCCCACCCAAUUACCACACUCCACCCUACCUGACUGCUGAGCCCGAGGUAUUACACCACCGGCUCCGCCCCCAGGACCGCUUCCUGGUCCUGGGUACUGACGGCCUUUGGGAGACCCUUCACCGACAGGAGGUGGUGCGUAUCGUGGGCGAGUACCUCACUGGAGUCCAUCAUCAGCAGCCCAUCUCGGUAGGCGGCUACCGGGUGACCCUGGGUCAGAUGCAGGGCCUGUUGGCAGAGCGUCGCGCCCGUGUGUCCUCCACCUUUGAGGACCAGAACGCUGCCACCCACCUGAUCAGGCAUGCCGUGGGCAAUAAUGAGUUUGGUACCGUAGACCACGAACGGCUAUCCAAGAUGCUGAGCUUGCCCGAGGAGCUGGCCCGCAUGUACAGGGAUGACAUCACCAUCAUCAUCAUACAGUUCAACCCCCAUGUGAUUGGGGCACAAUAAGCAGAGGAGCAAGAGCCCUCUCACCCAACGAAAUGUUUCUCUCUCUAAUUUUUUUUUUUAUUAACCAAAGAUGGACAUGAGCACCUCGGAAGUUGGUUCCGCAACACCUGACGUUUUUAUUUUAAUAAUAUGAAGGCUUCAGCCUCUGACAGUGAUGCAAGCUGAAAAUUAACAGGACGUAUUGUGCCUGAAAGUGCACAGUUGAUGUGUUGUACUGCAGACUGUUACAUAACCGGACCUCAGAAUGUUCGCAUUGCUGAAAUGUCCCUCCGUCUCGAAGUGCAAGACUGACUUAUGCAUUUUAUGUGUAUUUACUGAGCUCCUACGCACCGUCACCAAGCCUCUCGUAGUACCAUAUCGCACAGAACUCCAUAAAAGCAGAGGCUUGUUUUCAAUAUAUCACACACCUAUCUUUAUUGUCCAUAAAUUAUUUAUUGAAUUGUGUUUCAGUUUUUUUGAUCUGCAGCUAAAGUUGUGUUUUUUUGUGGAAUUACUCUCAUGAGUCGCGUUCUUUAAUUUGAUAUAAAUUGUAGUUUUUUCCAGUUUCCUGUAUGGUAAAAUGCUCCAAUUUUGAUUUGCCUGUGCUAGCAAGGUGCCAUAAAAUUUAAAGGCUUUUUAGCUGUUCUUUAAAUGGAGCUGGUGCAGUCUUAGAUUUAUUGAGCUGUGCCUUUGUACCGGAAGAAACACUAUUCAAAUGUUGCCGCAAAUUUCUCUAUUUUCCCUUUCUGUGGAUGACUUGGCUUUAGGGGAAUAUGAGUACCUGACCAGUCGGUUUGCUGGGAGAGAUGUCCUUUAGGGAUUUAUGGUUUUGGAAUGCAAUGAAACCAGUGAGGCUUUUUCACCUGUUAGUCUUUGUCGACAACUUUCCUGUGUUAUCAAAUAAGCCGUACUGCUAAGUCUACAUUUGGUGGGCAAAUGCGCUGGAGACGUGCAUAUCUUCAAUACGCCGACCUUUGAGACUGCAGUGUUUCUGAUCGCAUGCUGCAGCGACAACCACUGCAUGAAGCAGCAGUGCUGACAAUUUAGAUACAUCUGACCUAUUACAUUCAUCAUGAAUUUUUUUUUUUGCCCCGUUCUUAUCCAUUUUUAUAUAUAUAUAUAAAAAAAUCCAGCCGUAUCAGUUGACUUUUGUUUGGUUCUUGAUGGUCACCAUAGUUGUGACAUGCCAUGUAGCGCUGGUCUUGGAUAGCACUACAGAAAGAUUUGAGAUGAACAGAUGUUUCUACUAUUUGUAGAGUUUGCACAUAAUGCGGUGUUAUGCAGACCUGCUUGCAUGUCAUUCCAUGGAACUGCCCUGUUUCUAUGAAGUAUAAUUGUAGUGCUGGUAUCGUAUUGCUUCAGAUAUUCAUCCACAAUAACUUUUGGUGUAUUGCUCAACCUUUUCCCACCUAUCCCCUGGAGCAAUAUUCCAUUUUUUUUUAAAGCAAAAAAAAGUUUUAUUUUCUUACAUCCUGAAGGGCAGGUGUCCACUGAAUAUAGAAUGUAAUUAAUUUUAUUUACUCUACAUCGAAGAACAGGCGAUCUGCAAAAAAUAUAAAAAAGCAGGAUCUGUUUUUGGUCUGUACAUAAAUGUUUUUUAAUUAGAAAAAAAAAAAUGUAAACAUGCAUUCAUAUUCUUUCUGUAUCUGUAGCGACAGGCUUUGUUGAAGUAUUCAAUUUUGUACAUUUCCACUUAAGAAUUAUGAGACGUGUUUUCCAUGAGGAUUAAACUGGCUAUAUCACACUGCUUUGUAAAUGCUUAGAUGGUUGCUCAGUGAAAGCAAGUCACACUCAAUACUAACUAGAAGAAGAGAACUGAAUAAAAGUGUGUUUUAUAGGUAUAAUGGCCACAGAGAAAGUGCUGUGUAUUAAGCUGUCUACUCUUUUGUUCAUCUGUAAAAAAGCUGAAUAACAAACAGGCAUCAGAUCUUAAAUCUGUAUCAUUUUGAUGCCUUGAUCAUUGUCUACAUUUUUAUUUUUUGGCCUUUAAAUGGAAAAACUUGACACUUUUUGGAUUGUGUAAAACAUAGUAUGUUAACUUGUUUCUUCUUCAAAAGACUAAAAGGGUGCAGCAGUUUGUAGCAUUGAAGCUGGGUGUCUGUUUCAUUGAAAGAACAUGUGUGUUUCAGUGGUGGAUCGUUGGGACCCAGGACGGGGGUAGAUGACUGCUGAUGUCGCGUAGAGUGCUUGCUGACUACUUGAAAGUAAUUUAUGCAGCUAUCAUACAAGGCUCCAUUAUUUAAUAGCACAGAUGUAUUCACAUUAUGUAACUAAUGUAUGUGUUUUAAAAAAGAACGUAUCUGUGACAUUUUGUUUGCAGAUUGCUUUAAUAAAAUGUUAACAACUAUGUUGUA